GCCGACGAUGUUAUCGAAGCUUUCGUUGAUCGUGCCGCAGAAAACGGCAUGGAUGUUUUCCGCAUUUUCGAUGCCAUGAACGAUAUGCGCAAUCUCGAUACCGCGAUCAAGGCAGUUGUCAACACCGGUAAGCAUGCACAAGGCGCACUGUCUUAUACCUUAAGCCCGGUUCACAACAAUGACACCUGGGUCGAUAUGGCAAAGCGCCUGCAAGAUGCUGGCUGUCAUUCUAUCUGCAUAAAAGACAUGGCCGGGUUACUAAAACCUUAUGAUGCCGAAGAACUG